AUGGACGUCUACAUGCCCAAGUCAAAGGACAACAAGGCGGAGCACCGCGGCUUUGGCUUCGUGACCUUCGAGACCGACGCCGCCAUCAAGCGCGUCGUCGGCGCCGGCUCCCACCGCCUGCGCAACUCGACGAUCGCCAUCGACAUAGCCAUGCCCAAAGAGGAGGACGCCGGCGCCGCCGCCGCCCCCAACGGCGGCGGCUGCGGCGCGGCGGCAGCCGCCGUGCAGGCGCAGGCGCACGCGGCGGCCGCCGCGCAGGCGGCGUUUGACCACGCGGGCGCGUUCAACGCGGCCGCCGCGGCCGCGGGCCUGGGCGGCAGCCUGGGCGGGAUGGUGCAGGCGCCCGGCUUUGAUGCGGCCGCGGCGGCCGUCGCCGGGCUCGCCGCCGCACGCCAGCUGCAGGCGGCGCAGAUGCCGCUCCUCUGA